UUGUUACUGUAACCCUGACCCAUCCCCUUCACUUUCCUUAUCUUGCUUUAUCUUGCUAUAUUCCCCCCACCCCAUAGCAGUUACCUUCUAACAUACUAAAUAAUUUACUAUGUUUAUUUUCUAGGUUUGUCCUCUCACUUUUAGAAGAUAUGCUCCAUAGAGCAGGGAUUUGUUUUGUUCAUUGAUGUAUCUUAAGCACCUAGAAUAGUGCCUGGCUCAUAAUAGACCCUCAAUAAAUAUUUGUUGAAUGGAUAAAUAUGCAGAGGUCUCAAACUGGCAGCCCCAGAACCAAAUUUUGCUUGCAAUGUAUCAACUUCUUUUUUAGUAGUCGAUAUUUUUUAAAAUUGGAGAAAUUUACUACAAAACUGUCUUUCCAGUUUCUGUUCAAAAAUCAUAUGAUACAGCACCAUCAAGUCUGCAUUCUUGCAUGGAAAUGGAUGGAACUGAGUUGUGUGGACUUCCUUUAGAUAAGGUGUGAGCUUUCCUAUUUUGCUACAGCCCUACCCUGCCACUCCACUAAUUUCCAUAAGCCGUCUAGGCCCCUGAAGGCAUUUAGUUUGCAAUUCCUACCCUACAAGGUGUCGCCCCUCUGUCUACUCCCUUUCUUAUAUCAAGAGGGGAAAAACACGUAACUACCUCUAUCCAAUCUGGUCACCAUACGCCUAUUACCUUUACUGUUACAAGUACCGGAUCACCCUCCGGGAGAAGAUGCUGCCUCGUUGUUAUAAAAGCAUCACUUAUAAGGAAGAGGAGGACUUGACACUCCAGCCCCGUUCCUGCCUCCAGUGCUCCGAGUCCCUAGUAGGCCUCCAGGUGGGCAAAAGCACCAAGCAGGGUAACCACGACCAGCUUAAAGAACUGUAUUCGGCUGGGAACUUGACGGUGCUAGCUACUGACCCCCUGCUCCACCAGGACCCAGUACAGUUAGACUUUCACUUUCGCCUCACCUCCCAAACCUCUGCCCAUUGGCACGGCCUUCUCUGUGACCGUCGACUCUUCCUGGAUAUCCCAUAUCGGGCCUUGGAUCAAGGCAACCGGGAAAGUUUGACUGCAACGCUGGAGUACGUGGAAGAGAAGACAAAUGUGGACUCCGUGUUUGUGAACUUCCAGAAUGAUCGGAACGACAGAGGUGCCCUGCUGCGGGCCUUCAGCUACAUGGGCUUUGAGGUGGUCAGACCAGGUCACCCUGCCCUCCCUCCCUGGGACAAUGUCAUCUUUAUGGUAUAUCCCCUUGAAAGGGAUGUUGGCCACCUGCCCAGUGAGCCUACUUGAAUGUGCUUAUUCCAACGCUUUGAGGGGCUGGAAGCCUUGACACCUGGGAAUCAGAGGCCUGGGAUGUAAUUCAGGACACCUUCCAUCCUAGGAAUAAAGGGUAGUUGCAAUCA